AUGGGAUGUGGACAGGCCAAAGAGCCAAAAGGUAAGAUCUCUGGCGCCAUUCCGAAGGGCAAACCGGUCCUCCAUUAUUUCGAUGUCAGUGGGCGGGGCGAGUUGAGCAAGCUCAUCGCUGCUGUCGGUGGAGUCGAACUCGAGGUGGUAGAGUAUCCGUUUCAGGCCAAUGGUGCAUCAGUUGCCGACAAGGCUAAGGCGGGGGCAAUGGAGUCUGAGCACACAAAAGCUGCCAAAGCGAUGAGUAUGGAAGGGUGCGGUCUGCCAAUCUUAGUGCAUGGUAGCCUCAAGAUCAACCAGAGCGCCGCGGUCCAGGAUUACUUGAUGGGUAUCGGUCCAACGUACCCGCCCGUCAACCCAGUUCAGAAGGCCAAGGAUGACAUGUUCGAGGGUGCUUUGGAGGAUGCCAUGGGUCUUGGCGCAGGUAUCGUCCUGAGUGGUUACGACGGUUCCUUGAUGGUCCCUUUCAUGGAAAAGACACUGACCCAUCUGAGCAAGUACAUUCCAGAAAGUGGGUUUGUGAACGGUUUCGACGCGCCGACGAAGGCAGAUUUGGUCAUCCUCAUCCUCACCCAGGCGCUGAUCCCGUUCAAGGCCACCUUGGGCGAAUACGAUUUUGCAAAGUUCCCCAAGGCCAAGGCUCUAGGAGAAAGGACCGCUGCAUUCCCUGCUGUUGCCAAGUGGCUCGAGCACGAGCACUGCAACCUCAAGAAGCCGCCAAAGGCAGCCCGCGGCUAG